AUGGAUGAUUUUCUUGCAAAGGUUUCUAUUGCAGCAGCAACAUUUGCAAUACGUAGUGGAGUUAGUAUUGCAGGUGGUAUUGCACUGCGUCAGGUUUCCAGAUAUAUUAAAGACAUGCCAUCUCAAGCUCAGCGUCAAGCACUGGAUAAUCUUAGAAAACAGCUUGAACAGAAAAUCCGAAUUGUUACGCCAGCAAUUGAUUUGAUUGAGAUUAUAUCUGCUCGAGGAAAUACAAGUCUUGGGAGCACCGUUCACCUUACAAAUUCACUACGUCGAGAUAUCAAUGCAUUUGCAAGGCGUGUAAGUGAUGCAGCUGAUGAACAAGAAAUAUCAAAACAUAUUAACAAAAAUAAUAUGGGGACUAUUAUGGAAGACAUGAAAAACCUCCUUUCAAGAAUUGAAGAUGCGGUUCCUCUUAUAUCUCUUGCAUUAACAACAUCGGGUGCAAAUAUUUCCUCUUCGUUACCAAAUACAGUUUCACCGUCUCGAUUAUUACAAGCAUCUUCGUUUCUAACAUCAGCAGAUACUUUGUUCGCAAAGACACCAUCUAUUAAAUUUCAGCAAGUUGGACCUAUUUUUAUAUUAAAACUUUACACUAUUUUUUCAGGAAGCGCAAGAGUUGCACACAUGAUUUCAGCCAGUGAUAUUACAUGGAAAGAAGAACAUGCUAAAUGCCAUGUAUCUGUUGUUCGUGUUGAAUUGAGUGAUUCUGAGGAAUCAAAGAACAAUUCAGCACGUGAAAGGAUGAAUGAAUAUGCUUAUGAAUUACAAGUAAUUGAAGAUUUAAAUGAUGGAAGAUACCAUGAUGAAUUAGAGGAACAAAAGAUAAAAAAAAAUAAAGAUGGAAGCAUAUACGGUUCCAGAAGAAACAUACCGAUCCAUUUGGUUUCAAGGCUUUUUUUCAAUGCAUCUGGAAAACUUCUUAAUAUCGAAGAAGCAAAAACUCCUGUUCUUGUUUUAAAACUCAAUCAUGCGCUUUCUCCCCCAAGAAAACUAUUAGAAUCCAUUAAGUAUGAUAAUACAGAAAAUGAUGAAGUUUAUGAAAACAUUGAUGAAGAAUCAUUUUAUGAUAAAAUUAAUAAUCCUGAAAAUAUUGAAUGGAUUGCAUUUGAAAUUUGGAAUGAUUAUACAAGUGAUAAUGAUGAAAGUUAUAGUGAUACCAAUAGUGAUACCAGUAAUGCUAAUGAAAACUUAAAUGAAAAUUAUAACCAUGAUAAUUAUGAAAAUCUGAAUAACAAAAAUAACCAUAAUAAAAAAUCAUUAAAGGAUGGAUCUAUAUUUCCUGAGAAAAAAACAUCAGAAAAAGCUACAGCUAAUGAAAUUUCGUCUUUAAAACAAGAACAAAUAAAUGAAUUUUCAGAAGCAUUGAAAGCACUAAAUAUUAACUCAGAAAACACGAAUGAAAUUCUAGGAUUGCAUAAUAAUUCUAGCACUAAUCUAGCCACUUUAUCUCUUCUUGAAUAUAUUAUUAGAUUAACUGCAUUACAAACAUGCGAACAAACAUCAUUACUUUCUGUAACUGAUGAAAGAAUUUCAUUGUUUUUAAGAGAUGAUAAUCAUAGUUCUAGGACAAGAGAAAGGAAAGGGACCAUGGAAUAUGGACAAACACCAUUUAGUUCACCAUCAUCAGUGAAACUUGAAAAAGAUGGAAUAAAAUCUCAAGAAAAUCGCAAACUUAAUAGACGCGAUUUAUUACUUGACAACCGGAAUUCUCCGAGAAGUCCUCUUACCUUAAAUUAA